AUGACAGCUAGCAACCCGAACAAUGCGCCGCCGUUAAGUGGUGCCCCCAGUAUGCGUAUCUCGCCCGCCAAUAUCGAACAAGUCGAUGUGCUCGCGCGAAAGUUGUACAAGCGAGCGCGAGUAAACCCCGAGCUUGAGGAGGUAGCAAAUGCAGUGCGCAGUCUACAUGCGGUCCUAAAACAUCUAAAAUUCGAGACUGAGGAUCCAGGAUCGCUACUGAAUGUCGACAGCAGUGCUGUAUAUGCGCGGCAACUAACACCUAUUCUUGAGGACUCGGAGUUCGCGCUCAAGCAGCUAGACACCAUACUUGAUAAGAAAUAUGGGAGAGGCAGCGACGACAGUGCUGAUAAUGUUAGUAGAGGGAUGCAGAUGGACGGAGAGAAAGGUUGGACGGUUUUAGAAAGCCGCGAGCGCGACAUGAUUAAUUUAAUUCACACCAAGCUCACAAAUCAGAAGUUAAACAUCGACAUGUUUCUCGAUACCGUCCAGCUUCAUAACCCGUCCAAAUCUCAUCACCUAGUUGAUACGAAUAGCGCCAAUCUCGACUCUAUUAAGGAUAAGGUAGAUUUCAUCGCAUCUCGCAUAUGCCAACGGACAAAUUCAAAUUUGAGCGACGGUAACGAAGAGGAACUUUGGGAACAAUUUCGAGAUGAGCUAGAACAAGCAGGUUUCUCUAAGGACGUAUUGCGUAAAAAUCAGGACGUCAUACGAGCCUACAUCCGCCAGUUAGACAACCAACUCAGCGCCAACGGCGGCAGCACCCCUUCGGUGCGGGGACUUCUGGAGUAUUACCGCCCUCGAAGAGAUAACGGGAUACAAAUCACUCCGUACCCAACGAACCCUACCCCGGCCGAUUUCAGCCCGGAAGAAUUGCAGCCCAACAUCGAUGAGGAGAAGCUAUUUCCGUCGAUGAGGAUGAAACGUUUAGAAGACGAAGACGAUAACAACAACAUAGAACGACAAAUAUCGAAACCGCCCAGAAUGCCAGAUUAUCCUUCGAAUCUCUCUUACGAUCGCCACUCAUCAAGCGGCGAUGGCGGGGAUGGAUCGACGGCGCUCAUGUCCACGCGGGAGCUCAUGGCAUUUGACAAACAAUCCAACAUGGCUCUCGCGAUGGAAAACAUGCACUUACAGCAACCACCGAACCCGGCCGGCUCAAAUUAUCACAUGUCUAUCUCCCCCACGCUUCAUUAUCUUCCCCCUUCGGCCUCUCAGCCUACCUUACCGUCCUCGGCCCCGCAAGCCGCCCCCGACCCAUUCGGGACCCACCUGCACCGCCCCCCUCCUCUUCCCUCAGCUGCUGUCAGCUCACCACCGACCCGCCGCCCGAAUUCCGUAUCGGUAGCUGAUGUAAGCCAACAACAGCAACAAGCUCUCGUGACUUCAACGCAGCGGAAUGCACGGCUAGCGCCCGAUAGCAAAGGCCACGAGAUCCCGCUAGAUGCCAAGUGGACUCAGAUCUCACGACGCCUGGUCUCGCCCGAAGUGUUAGCUGGUGCUGGGGUACGGUACGAGGCACGGCCAGAUUUUGUGGCUGUACUAGGAGAACUGAGCCGGGACGAUGUAACCUACUUUGCUCACCGGACUACCGAGGUACGUGCUGCGAGAGGUCGGCGAACUAGUAAUACGCCUACUGCGGCUACCGUGAUAAGCGGCGAUGGUGUGAAAGGAAGAAAGCUUGAUGAUAAAUAUCAUCCGGAUAAGUAUCGAAACUGGGACGUGAUUGAAGCAGAAAAGCGGGAGCGGCAGAGACGGAAAGAAGGAAAUAAGAACAGCCGUGAUACGGAUAGUGACGACGAUACCGACGACGACGGCGUAACUUUCAUCGUCAAUAACCGUAGUCGGCGACGAAGGGGGAGUACGGCCAGUACGGUGAGCGCGCUCUACGAUUCGAGUAACGACUCAGGGUCAUCAGAUGGGGAAACAGACUCCGAUGACAGAGACCAAGAAUCACAUGGUUCCUCUUACUCUCAGUCAUAUCCACGCUCCAGCUCGUACUUAGAUGAUUACCAUCACUCCCGCUCACAAGUUCAUCGGCGUAGCUCCACUAUGCCCUCGACCUCACACAAGCACGAUGACAAAACACUCUCUCAAGCUAAAGGCAGAGUGAACAGCGAUGCCACAGACGGGGUAGACCGAAAAAAUAAUAAAGACAGGAACGAAAGGGGUGCUAAGGCAUACCCAAUCAUCGUGUCGCCGCCAUCCUCUACGAUCGGGAAGGACAAAGGCAAAGAUAAAGACACCGGCACUGGUACUAGCCCAGCUGCCACUGUAAAGCCGAAGCCUAUUCUCAAGAAUAAGAACGAUGACCCCCACGUGCGAAUCGAUCCUCACCCUCAAAUUAUUGAGGAAGGCUCAAGCUCUCUACCGCGGAGCCUACCUUCAUAUCGAAGGAGCGAACGGGAGCGUCGGGAGCGGGAUAAAGAUAGAGAUCGAGAGAGGAGGGAGACCGAAUCCGAGAGAAAGAAUACUACUCAAACCGGGAUCGCGACGAGGGCCGGGAUGAAUACCCACACCGCCACCGCCAUCGGAGCCACGGUCACCGGUACCAUUCAUCGAGUGCUCCGAGGAAAGAACGAGAGCGCGAGUAUUAUGAUGACCACUAUGUCAGCAGUAGUAACCGGUCCCGAGAAGAUCGUACCUCUAAGAAGAAGGCUCGAGACGAGACAAUACGGGCCGUGGGCCUCGGCGGCGCGGCAGCUGCUAUGCUAA